AUGUGGUACCUUUAUCUUAACAGAGACCAAUAAUACUUGAGAAGUUAUAGAACUCACAAUCUUUGGCUCGACCAGUACCAAAAGAAAAUGAGAACUCCAAGAGUCCACAACUUCCACAUAGGUAUCUUCAAGAGACUUGGCAAGACCUACUCAGGUUCCAGAGUUAUGGCUUGCCUAUGGGGAUUCACCGUCUUCGCCAUGAUUAAAUUCGCAGUGCAGUUCUCUAAGACCCCUGCUGAAGAUAAGAAGGGAGUUGAGUCAUACAACAGACUCGUCAGUAUCUUCUCCAAGAAUAAGUACGGUUACCACACCCGUAUCAUGUCAGAUUUCGAUCUCCUUCUUGAGGCAGUAUUGAACGAAAGAUUUAUUGAUGAUUCAUCAGCUUAUUAUGAUGAUCCAGUUCUUCAAAAGGAAAUUGAAGAUAUGGAGCUCGGUCUUAACUCUGACUUCGCUGAGGCUGAUGUUAAGCAUCUCCUCAAGGAUAAGGAUGAUGGCCAUCACGGCAGCAAUAGAUGCAUGAGAUAUCCAGGUAGAUUCGGAACCAACUACGACAAAUCAGAUGACCUCUCAGUCUACAAAGUUCUCCCAAAAGGGCAAAAGCCACUUGUAUGA